AUGGCGAGAUCAAUAAUACAGAUACUCAGCAUCGCCUGCCUCGCAUUUCAAGGAUUGGCCCAAUUCCCUCCAACACCCGAAGGCAUCACAACCCUCCAGUCCCGAUUCCACCCAGGCAUCACCAUCAGCUACAAACAGCCCGGUAUCUGCGAGACCACACCCGGCGUCAAAUCAUACGCCGGCUACGUCCACCUCCCACCAAACAGCAUCAACGAGACGCAUGAGGACCAGCAUUAUCCCAUCAACACAUUCUUCUGGUUUUUCGAGGCCAGGAAGGAUCCUCGCAAUGCUCCGCUCGCGAUAUGGCUUAAUGGCGGGCCGGGAGGGAGUUCGAUGAUUGGGGCGCUGGCGGAGAAUGGGCCGUGUUUAGUUGGGAGUGACUCGAAUGGGACGUAUUUGAAUGAGUGGUCAUGGAAUAACGAAGUCAACGUGCUUUACCUGGACCAACCGGUUCAGGUGGGCUAUAGCUAUGAUGUCCUCACCAAUAUCACUACGAGCAUAGGGGAUGAGAGGUUCUUUGGCGUCGAUAUUCAGGAGGCGGAUUUCUCUGAUGCAGUACCGGAGCAGAAUCUCACGUUCCUGGUCGGCACGACUGGAUCUCAGAAGCUCACUCAUACGGCCAACUCGACCACGCAUGCUGCAGUAGCGCUGUGGCAUUUUGCGCAGACGUGGUUUGAGGAGUUUCCGCACUACAAGCCGGAGGAUGAGCAGCUGUCGCUGUUCACGGAGAGCUAUGGGGGCCAUUAUGGUCCGGCGUUUGUGUCGCAUUUCAUGAAGCAGAACGAACUCAUUUCUAACGGGACGAUCUCGGAGCCUGGGGCGCACUACUUGCACUUCAACACUCUAGGAAUAGUGAAUGGCUGUAUCGACGAAGAGGCGCAGGUCAAGGCGUACGCUACGAUGGCCUGGAACAACACCUACGACGUCAAGGCCUUCACUGAGGAGCAGUAUAACCAUGCUAUCCACGGCCUGGAGCGUGAGGGCGGAGUCAUUUAUCAGCUGCGAAAAUGUCGCCGGCUACAGAAGAGGCUCGACCCCAACGACCACGGCGACGUCGAAAGAGUGAUCUCACAUUGCCAGCAGGCCAUCACCGCCGGAGCGAAUAUCACACAAGAAGUCUAUCUGAACAACGCUGAGAGGGGAUGGUUUGACAUCACCCACCCGGCCACGGACUCCUUCCCACCUCCCUACGCCUUUGGCUUCAUGAACCAGCACUGGGUGCAGAAAGCGCUCGGUGUGCCUGUGAAUCACAGUUUUGUCUCGCAAGCCGUAGGCGCGAAUUUCGAUGCUACAGCUGAUAUGGCUCGUGGUGGGCUACUGGAGGACAUUGCGUAUAUUCUCGAUCACGGCGUGCGGGUGACGAUGAUGUAUGGGGAUCGGGACUAUGCUUGCAACUGGAUCGGCGGCGAGGAGGCUUCUGUGCGUGUACCUUGGGGCCAUCAGGAGGAGUUUGCGGAGGCUGGAUAUACGCCGCUGGUCGUCUCGCCGGUGCAUUCGGGAGGGUUGACGAGGCAGUAUGGGAAUCUCUCAUUUACGAGGGUGUAUCAGGCGGGCCACAUGGUACCCUCGUAUCAGCCGGAAGUGGCGUACGAGAUCUUUAUGCGAGCUGUGACAGGAAGGGACAUUGCCACUGGAACGGUUGAUCUGAGGGAAGUGGAGGGGAGGGGUGAGCAUUAUUCUACUCAAGGGCCGAAGGAUACUUGGUGGAAGAAGAACGAUGUGCUGCCUGCUCCAGCGGGUGAGUGCUAUCUCUUUGAUCUUGGACGGUGUACGGAGGAGGAGAUUGGGUGGGUCUUUGACGGUACGGCUAUGGUUAAAGAUUGGAUUGUGGUUGGGAGAGAGGAGCAAGCGUCGUUUGGCAGUGUUAUCGAGGGGGACCAGGAGCCUCUGUCGACGGAAAAGGUAACGCAGGCACCAGUCUCCAGGUCAAAGGAUGCGGCCACCCAACUUCCAUCCUACGUGGAAGCCAGCGGACUCCUGAGUGAAUGCCCGAGCAUGUGA